AUGUCAAAAAUGCCAUCGGAAUCUGGGUUUUCCGGAAACGACUUGACAACCGCUUCGAAGCGUAUCAUUUCUACUCUUGUUCCAAGCGUCGCCAAUGCUGUUAAGAUUUCCCAUGAGUUUCCUACUGCUUCUACACCCGCCUUUACAUACUACAAUGACUUUCCCCAAUACAAAGCCGUAAUGAAUGGAAAUGCUAACAAGAUUCUCUCACUAAUACAGCAAAUUAUCGAUGAAAUUCAUGGUGAGGCGAACGUUUUAGAUGUGCGCCAUCCAAAAUCAUUGGAAGAACAAUUUAGUACAAUCGUUGAUGUCAACGACCGUGUCAUUGACCGCAUUUCUUCUGAUUUAGACCGAGAAGAAUUUCCCGAUAAAGCAAAUAACAAUAGUGCUCGAAACCUAGUUAUUGCCGACGAAAGCGGCAAAAUGUCCCCAGCGCUAAUUCAUAAGAAAAGCAAAAUGAUGGACUCAUCUCUUCAGAAAAACCGUGAAUUUAAUACUCUGAGUCCCAAUUCAGUGAAACUUCUGGCUUCAAAGAAUAUUUCUCGGCCCCAAAUUCUUUUUACGGUUGCACCGGAUAAUAGCAAUGCACCGUUUUUACCUAUUUUGAAGACAAAGCCAAACGCCAUUGUUCGUCUUGAAGACUGUGAUUUAACUGCUGACCCUGAGACUGGUGAUUACACUCAUCCAUAUUUGAAAGAAUUGGAGGAAUUCGGCAAGUGUUUGGAACUUUAUGUGCAUGUUCCCGCGGCAUCGAAUCCGGUACCCCUACCGCUAGAAGAAACACCACUAAUAUUUGUUGAUUCCACUGUCACACUUGAAAGUAUGUUAAUGGAAUUGAGCUCUGAACAAGAGAUCGCUGUCGAUUUAGAGCAUCAUAGCUACCGUACCUUCCUUGGAAUCACAUGUCUAAUUCAACUUUCGUCGCGCACCAAGGAUUACAUCGUGGAUGCGAUUGCGUUGCGUGAUCAUCUUGGAAACUUUAACAAAUUGUUCACAGACCCUAAAAUUGUCAAGGUGUUACACGGGUCUGAUAUGGAUCUAAUGUGGCUUCAACGGGACUUCGGUGUGUACAUCGUCAACCUUUUUGAUACUGGUCAGGCAGCCCGAGCACUUCAGCUUCCUCGGUUCUCCCUAAGUUACCUGCUUCAGCAUUUUGCCGGCGUCUACACUAACAAAGCUUAUCAGUUGGCUGACUGGAGAAUACGACCUCUUCCUGAAGAGCUGGUUACGUAUGCACGCACCGAUACGCAUUACUUGCUUUAUAUCGCGGAACAGCUUCGGAACCAUUUGGCUGAUAGAGGUCUUUUGAGCUCAGUUCUCGAACGCAGUCGAGAACUCUGUCUGAGGAUUUAUAAGAAGCCAACAUUUGACCCAUUGGGCUACCUGUCAAUGCCCAACAUGCUCGGUGGUGUUAGUUUAAACAAACGGCAACUGUACGCUCUGAAACAUCUUUGUAUCUUGCGAGACUCCAUCGCGCGAAGAGAGGAUGAAAGUUUGAACUACGUCCUUCCAAAUCACAUGCUUCGUCUUAUUGCGGAAGAACUUCCCAGAGAAACGACAGGGAUAUUCGCCUGCUGCAGUCCCAUACCGCCUCUGGUGCGCAAGUACGUUUUUGACAUUCACAAGAUAGUCCUCGAUGCUCGCAACAAUAAACUCAAUGAGCUGGUGAUCGACGAUUCCGCCGCCCAAUUCAAGUCGGACAGGGCUGAGCAGCGAACAGAACGCAGCAGUGUUCUGGUUCUGGACAUGCUCCAGCAGGUGCCGCUCUCCGAUCCCAAAUUGGACGAAGAAGUUACCAGUCUGGCUCCACAAGACCCUGCUGCGACCAAUGAAGAUCCACUUUACAAGCCACCAUCUUCUGAAUCAACCUCAGAUUCUUCUGGCAAGGGACCGAGUAAACUCACCCUAGAGGAGGUGAUACAGGUGGAGGAGCUGGGUGCGACAUUCCGCCCCGGUCGUGGUAGGUCGGCUCAGUCUCGUGCCUUCGCCAAUCUCAAGCGGCAGCAGCAACAGAGGCGAACUAAGCAGCAGCCCAGUACAUGGGACAACGAGAAGCGGCCGCGUUCCGGUAACCCCCAUCAAGACCGACUUCCGCCCAAGCGACACAGCAACGGAGGUGCAGACGGGGAAGGGGAAGAGGAUGAGGACGGGGAGGGGAAGGAAGAGGAGAAGUGCGAUGUAGACACGGAAGUCGUCAUACUCCGUGAUCAAAAACUGGCGAGGUCGUCUAAGGGUGCAAAGCAGACCAGCAGACAGCCGCCGCCCGUCACCCAGACGGAAAAUUUCGCCAACGUCUCCCGUUCGCCCUUAGGCCAAAGCCCCGAGGCGCAGGUCCCUCCUCAAAGCAGGCAAACACCAACAGCCCUCACUGGGCCUCAGUCUCCUGCCUCGACGGGUCGUCGAAGAAAUCGAGGCCGCGGCGGGCGCCAGGGAGGACGCAACGCGGUCUUGCGGAAGUCCCUCCCUUCCUUGUCAUCGGGUGGCGGUGCCAACGCCACUCCCCUGAAGCCCCUGAAGAAACGCGGCACCUGA